UAGGUGGCAGCAGCGCGUAACACUGUUCCUGUGACUCGGCUGGGGAAGUGUGAAGGAGAAGCUCAUGGGCCAUGUGGAACAAGAUGGCGUUGUCAUCGCGUUUGGUUUUGUGCAGUCGCUUUGGCCGAACCGCAGGCGCUGUCCUGCUCAUUAAUAAACAACCGACAGUCCCGCUUACCUGCAGAUGUUAUGUUGCCGCUAGCCACCAAAAUCAGCUGCAGUUCAAACUGGAUGAGCGUACGGCUCACAGCAGUCUCGAUCUCUUCAAGAAAGACACAGGUGUGAUUUAUCGAAUGCUGGGCCUAGACCCGAGCCAUGUCCAGGAUUCCCCUCUGCGUUUUCGGGACUGGGCCGUCGUGUUUGCCGACAGCCAUGUUGACUCGGGACGUCACUACUGGGAAGUCACGGUUAAAAAGUCACAGGAGUUUCGCAUUGGUGUUGCAGAAGCGGCGAUGCCUCGUGAUGAGUGCAUUGGCACAAACUCGUCCUCGUGGGUCUUCGCCUACAUGCACAGUAAGUGGUACGCCAUGACCACCAACAAGCAGGUGCCCGUGUUGCUGGUGGGGAAGCCGGAUCGAUUGGGACUGCUUGUAGACUUUGAGGCUGGCAAGCUCAGUUUAGUAGAUCCCCAGAUUGAAAAGGUAGUGCACUCGAUAAAGACUCAUUUUCCCUCGCCGAUCUGUCCAGCUUUUGCACUGUGGGAUGGUGAAAUACUCACACACUCUGGGUUGGAGGUGCCAUCAGGGCUUAAUUAGAGUUCACACAUGCCUCCUUCAACCUUUUUUUGGAUCAACAUAGCAAUAAGCAGUCUGUGUACCAAGUGAAAAGCAGUACCUCAUGUCCCUGGAAUAUUCAGAGUUAACUCAGAGACUAAGCAGAAUGUUUAGCCAGAUCUCCAAAUAAACCUUGCUGGGAUAAAAAUGCUGAUGAGUAAUAGGACUGAUUGUGGCUAUAAAUGAAACAUUAUUUGACACAUUAAUACAUGUAACAUGUAUCAAUGUUUAUGUGCUGUUAUAUGAUGGGUUCAACAAAACUCUUACAUCUUCUACUGAUUCCAGGAGAUAAAUGUAUGGCAUGUACAUACCAUCUCUCUAUUCAUGCUAUUUCUCUGUGUGCAUUUUCAUGAUAUGUGUUCAAUAAAAGAGACUGUGUAGCAGUGA